CCUCCUUCUAUCCACAUUGCAUGAGAGGGGGGCAAAGAAAAAAAAAAAGAACUUUAAGCUCUAAAAGCUCUCUUUUUUCCCAAAAAUCUCUUACACCCUUUUGUUCUUCCUCUGUUUCUUUAAAGAAGUAAAGGGAAAAAAAGGGGGAAACUUUCAUUCUCCUUCUUCUUCUUCUCUCAAGACUUUCCAUUCCCAAAUCCAAUGGUGGUUUUGUCCAACCCAUCAAUCCAACAGUUGUCUUCUAAUUCCUUCAUGAGAAAUUCCAUUUCAUCCAUGGCUGCUGCUGCUUCUUCCUCUGCAGCAUUUUUCACUGAGGUUCCAUUAAUAGACCUUUCUGCACCAGAUGCUAAACAACUCAUUGUCAAAGCCUGUGAAGAGCUUGGAUUCUUCAAGGUCGUUAACCAUGGCGUCCCCAUGGAAUUCAUCUCUACUCUCGAAUCAGAAUCCACCAAUUUCUUCUCCCUUCCCCUCUCUGAAAAACAAAAAGCUGCCCCUCCUUCCCCUUUUGGCUAUGGCAACAAGCAAAUUGGUCGCAAUGGCGACGUCGGUUGGGUUGAAUACCUUCUCUUAAACACUCACCUAGAAUCCAACUCCGAUGGGUUCCUCUCCAUUUUUGGCCAAGACCCACAAAAACUCCGCUCUGCUGUGAACAAUUACAUAUCGGCUGUGAGGAAUAUGGCGUGUGAAAUCCUGGAGUUAAUGGCGGAAGGUUUGAAGAUUCAGCAGAGGAAUGUGUUCAGUAAACUUGUAAUGGAUGAAGAGAGCGACUCUGUUUUCAGGGUGAACCAUUAUCCGCCAUGUCCAGAACCUCAAGCUUUGAAAGGGAGGAACAUGAUUGGAUUUGGAGAACAUACAGACCCACAGAUCAUAUCGGUUUUGAGAUCCAAUAACACUUCUGGACUUCAAAUUUCUCUUGCUGAUGGAAAUUGGAUUUCUGUUCCUCCUGAUCAGAACUCUUUUUUCAUCAAUGUUGGUGACUCUUUACAGGUGAUGACCAAUGGAAGAUUCAAAAGUGUGAAGCAUAGGGUUUUGACAAACAGCUUGAAGUCAAGAAUUUCAAUGAUAUACUUUGGUGGGCCACCUUUAAGUGAAAAGAUAGCUCCUUUGCCUUCACUUAUGAAAGGAGAAGAAAGAAGUUUGUACAAAGAGUUUACUUGGUUUGAGUACAAAAGAUCAGCUUACAACUCCAGGUUGGCAGAUAACAGGCUUGUGCACUUUGAAAGAAUUGCAGCCUCAUAAUCCCCCACCCAUUUCUUAAUAUUUUUCAUAUAUAGUUUCCUUCAUUAUUAGCUACCCAUAAUUAGGUUUUAGGGCUAAUCGAUUCACCAACAUUUGAUCUCUUGUUUGGAGACAUAUGUUUUAAUCGGUUUGCAUUUGAAUAGUUGGUUUUGUUCACUUUUCUCCUUUCUUCUUUUACCAUAGUUUCUCUUCCUUGUAAUUACAUCUAUCUUUUCUCCACAAUACAAAGUCUACCAUUAUUUUUUUUUCCUUGUA